UUCCUUCAUGAUUAUCCAUGUCUUUUGAUAUGCAAAGCAGUAACCAUUUAUUAGUCUAUGUGAAUUUUAGAAAAUAGCUAUCUACCUUCUUUGCCUUGCUUUCUGCUUUUUAUAUGCAAAAUCACAUUGUAAGUCUUGGAAGAAUCUCAGAUUGCCAGGUCAAGCAAUGAAUCUAUUAAAUGCUUUCUGAAGUAUUUUAUGUUAGGAAUUAAAGAAGAGAUUGAACAUUUGUUGAUGUCUACCGUGCCAAGCUAUGAGUAAGCUAUACAUCAAGCCAUACAUCAUUAUCACUCUCAUUUGCCCUUAUCUUCAGUGUAUUAUCAAAUGGUAUACACACACACCCUGGGCAUGGUUUUAAGCAGUUUACAUACACUGUUGUAGUUAAUUCUCACACCUCUAUGAGAUUUACACUAUUCUCAGCACUGUUUUAUAUUAUAGAUCAGGAGACAGAGACUGAGAAAUGUUAAGAAAGUUGCUGAAGGCCCUUCCACAAGUGUGUGUGUAUGUAUAUAUCUCAGAGUCACAAUUUAGUGGAACUUAGAUCUCUGUGACCCAAAACCUUAUUCUUAACAUUAUUUCCAUGGUCUUUCUAUCCAUUCAUCCCAUUAGUUGUGAGAUGGACUAUUUUAUGUGCCACCACAAAGAAAGUUGCUCCAAGUAAACUAGGACACGUCAUUGAUUCUGGGAUGCAUCCCAACUAUAUAAAUGUAAAAAUGUCUUAAAAUUGAUGAAAUAAGUUACAUUGGUUUGUCAGGUGAACAUUUUUCCUUCCAUAUUACUCUUACUCAGUUUGUUCAUAUAUAAAAAAAUAACAUAUACAGGUGUUAACGUUUCUCUGAAUUUUGGUAUAUUAAAUUUAUUUACAAACAUCUUCCUUACCUAUCUUACUAAAGUCUUAAAAUAUGCCUAGAUAGUAGGUUGCCAGGCUUUUCGAAGGUAGGCCUUAUGAGGCUUGGGGAGUAUUUUACCUUCUUAACCCUGAGUUUAAAUCUCAGCAUCGCCCUCCAGAAAUUAUUUUAUUAGUACUGUACAUCUAGAAUUUUAAAAAUUAAAAGAGCAGUUCAUCAAUUUACGUGGGGGAAUAAAGUGGCUAAACCAGUUAGAUUUUUAUGACUGUUAGUAGAAUUACUGCAUCAAAGAACUCACAUUGUGACACUUAACCUGAGCACUGGGGCAGGGUGUAAUGAUUUCACUAAACCUCACUAGACUGAUUGGUGCUUUAUUUGUGGGAAACAGAUGCUUUGUAUUAUGGACCUAAGUAUUCCAGGUACUGAAAUGUAAGAAGACAUGUUGGAUAAUCAGAAGAGCUAUAGAGUUUGCAGAUAUCGACUGUGGCCUUAAUAAGCACCUUGAUAGCAUCAAUGCUUAGACAGACAGCACAUGUGGCUGGUGGCUGCCAUAUUGGCAGUGCAGUUCUGGAAGGUGGAAAGAGCUAUGACACAGAUUUAAUUAAAAGGUCCUUUUACAGCGGGAUUGUGCAAGAUAUUUAACCCUGUUUUCUUUGAAUUAUGACUUAAAUAUCAAACAUCUUAAAUAAGAAAAGGGAAACAUUUUAGUUUUGGAAGUCAGAAUGCCAAGGAGAAAGAAAAAUGUUGGGGGAAAUCCUUUUCGGAAGACUGCAAACUCUAAGGAAGUUGUCGUAUCCAGUGUUACUAGUCAUGAGGAGCCAACUGCUACUCUUCCUUCCAUGGGUGAGACAAAAGUUGAUCAGGAAGAACUCUUCACCAGUAUCUCAGAGAUGUUUUCUGAUCUGGAUCCUGAUGUAGUGUAUUUGAUGCUUUCUGAAUGUGAUUUCAAAGUUGAAAAUGCUAUGGAUUGUCUGUUAGAGUUAUCUGCCACUGAUGCCAAGAUAGAAGAAUCGUCUUCACAAAGUUUCAUUGCUUCUGAGAACCAAGUAAGUGCAGCAGAAAGUGAAGUAAUGGAAAAGUGUCCUCCUGAAGAAGAGAGUGAAGAUUCAAAAAUGGAUUCAUUUUUGGACAUGCAGCUAACUGAAGACUUGGAUUCCUUAAUACAGAAUGCUUUUGAGAAAUUAAACUCUUCUCCUGAUGACCAAGUAUACUCAUUUUUGCCUUUGCAAGAUGUUAGUAGUUUUAAUGACCCGAGUGAGUUUAUAAAUUCUGAUUUAAGUACUAUGACUCCCAUUCUUUCUACACACAGUAUGAAUUUGAACAGUGAAAAUUUAGAGAAUUCUGCCUCCACAUUAAGUUCAAACGCAUUUCCUUCAGAUUUGGUUUUCAAUGAGUCCAAACAUUUUAUAAAGGAUAACAUGUUGGCAUUGGAAGGUAAAUACCCAGAAGAUUCUCUUCUCAGUAGUUCUUUAAAUCCAGCAAAUGACUCUAUUGUAGGUUGUAGCAAUCUCGAUCAAAAACAGAAAGAACUUUUAGAAUCUGAGUGUGCUGAGGCUCAGUUCCCUCAAGCUUCUGUGCAUCUGGAUGCCAGUGAACCUCAGGCACCUUUAAGCCUUCCAGGGCUUGAUUUACCAGGUACAGGUGGCGAUCAGAAAUCGACUUUUGUCUCUGAUGUGUUUGUACCUUCUGAAGGGUUCAAUUUUAAGCCACACAGGCAUCCUGAACUGCCACCAAAGGGGAAGGAUGUGAGUUACUGCCCGGUACUCACUCCCCUCCCUUUGCUGCUGCCGCCUCCCCCUCCGCCAGUGUGGAGCCCAGGGGUUCCUGCUUUGGACCUCUUUCAUGGGAGCCGUGGCUUUGUAGCUCCUGUUGUGACCACAGCUGCACACUGGAGACCUGUCAACUAUACGUUUCCACCCUCAGUUAUUUCUCACACUUCCCCAACAAAGGUAUGGAGGAACAAAGAAGGAACAAGUGCUUAUCAAGUACAAGAAACCCCCGUUUCUCAGGUUGUAAGAAAGAAGACAACAUCUUACGUAGGACUAGUUCUUGUUCUUCUCAGAGGCCUUCCUGGAUCAGGAAAAUCUUUUCUGGCAAGGACUUUGCAAGAGGAUAAUCCGAGUGGAGUCAUUCUUAGUACUGACGAUUAUUUUUACAUAAAUGGACAGUAUCAGUUUGAUGUAAAGUACUUGGGAGAAGCACAUGAAUGGAAUCAGAAUCGUGCAAGAGAAGCAUUUGAGAAGAAGAUAACUCCUAUAAUAAUAGACAAUACAAAUCUACAGGCAUGGGAAAUGAAGCCAUAUGUUGCUUUGUCUCAAAAACAUAAAUAUAAAGUCCUUUUCCGGGAACCAGAAACAUGGUGGAAGUUCAAACCAAAGGAACUUGCAAGCCAGACAAGAUUGAGGCGUAACAUUCAUGGUGUAAGCAAAGAAAAAAUAACAAGAAUGUUGGAACACUAUCAACGUUUUGUUUCAGUGCCAAUAAUCAUGAGUUCUUCGGUUCCAGAGAAAAUUGAACGUAUUGAGUUGUGUGCAUAUUCUUGUGAGGAUAAAAGUACUGGCCCAAGAGAAAAUGAAGAUAUCACCUCUGAAAAAGAAGAAAAUGUUUUAUCCUCAUCGUUGAAGCACCUAGAGUUAAUUGAAGAGAAGAGUCUUGAAGUGACCAAAGAAACUAUGUUACCUGAGAAUGUUACGUAUCUCCCUGAUGCAGAUUUAAACAAAGGAAGAAAAGAAAUAAGUGGUAUGAGGCAAAACAUUCAAAGUACUAACAUUCAGGAAGUUCCACACAUGUAUUUUUCUGACUCUGAAAGCAAAGUAAGAGUGAUGGACAAAAGUGAAGAAGAAGUAGAAAUGUCAUCUGAAAAAGAGUGUGGUAAAACUGAUGCAGAUAGUUUUGUUGAGAGAGUAUCACUGAGUGUUUGCUAUGAUGAAAAUAAUCAAGAAAAUUGUGAUCUUGUAAAUACUGUAUCCCUUCAAAACGAAAAAUCUUCACCUGGCGAAACAUUAGAAGAAAGAGCAACAGUAAAGAAAAAAGCCUUUGGGAAACAAAAAAGUAAAUUGACUUUGGAAAAGUUCCCAAGACAUGAGCUAUCAGAUUUUGUUGGUGACUGGCCAGUUGAUAAGACUAUUGGUCAGAGGACAAAAAGGAACCGAAAAACUGAAAAAACAUCUGUACAAAGUGACAGAAAGUAUAAUUGCCCUCAGUCAUGCAAAGUAUUAGAUAAUAGUGUAUCUGUGAAUAUAGAUUGUAUCCAGAAACAAGGAUCUCCACACGAAAGUGUAAAGGAUGGCAAGAAGUCACAGGGUGAUGCUGUUUCAGAGUCACUCAAUAGCUGUAAAUGCAAUCCUUGUAAAAAUACUGAAAAAAACUCAUUCAGCAUUGUGGGAGAUUGGCCUUCAUCUGACUCUUUAGCUCCGAGGGAGCACAGAUCAAGAAUGACAAAGACUGGUUUAAAUGAACCCAACCUAGAACUUGGAACAAAUGACAAUAUGAGUGAAAUAUUUUUAUACACAGCACGUGAGGCCUGUUGGGACACAAACCUUGAAAAACUAAGAACAUUGGGCAGCUCCAGUCUAGAAAAUUCCGAAAUGCUACCCAGUGAAAUGAGCUGUGAGAGUCAGAGUUGUCUAAGUAAAAAGAUUCAUGGGCAAUACACGUUGCCUCUUACCAAUAGCGCACCAACUAUUCCUGGAAUAGUAGGACCACAAACUUCAGCUGAAUUUCCAGAGGGAAUGCCUCAAGGAGUCCCUGGAAUAGAAGUAGGCAUAUGUACUCAGACUGAACCACAGGAUUUUGCUCUCUUAUGGAAAAUAGAAAAGAAUAAAAUUAGUAUUUCAGAUUCUGUCAAAGUAUUAACAGGAAGAUUAGAUGGAUUUAAGCCGAAAGUUUUCAAUAUUAACACAAACUCAGACGUUCAAGAAACAAUUCCAUAUAGGGUGAUGUAUGAUAAAAGCACAUAUGUUGAAGAAAGUGAGCUUACCAGUGCUGAUGAAUCUGAAAAUCUUAACAUUCUUUGUAAGCUAUUUGGAUCUGUUUCAUUAGAAGCCCUAAAAGACUUAUAUGAGAGGUGUAAUAAAGAUAUUAUCUGGGCCACAAGCCUUUUGUUGGAUUCUGAAACUAAAUUAUGUGAAGAUACUGAAUUUGAGAAUUUCCAGAAAUCAUAUGAUGAAUCACAAAUUGGGCCAUUUUCUCUGGGAUUGAAUUUGAAAGAAAUUAUUAGCCACAGGGGAACUUUAGAGGAUUCUAAUUCUUCCUUGCCGGAAUUUAGCCAUGGAUUUGCUGUCAGUAACACUAAUACACAGUCCACCUGUGAUGCAGAAAAUGAAAACUCAGAGCAGGCAGAAAUAAGAGCUAUAACUCCUGAAAAACCUGAUUUAAUAACAAGUAUAUUUCCUAGUGCUGCUGUAGAUCUAAAGAAUAAUAGUGAAACACUUCCUAACAGUCGGGCAGAACUUUUACAUAGCAUUAAGCAGACUUUUCCAGGUAUUUCAAAAGCUACUACCCCUAAAGAUGUGUGUGAAAUGGAGAAAAAUCUAGUAAUCACAGAGACUGGAGACAAUAUACAUUCUUCUUUAAAUCUGUCUAUUUUAAACUCUGUGUCAAGCACUUCAAAUCUUGAAUUAAAUGAAGAAAUUUAUUUUAUGGACUCUAUUGAAAUAAAGAAAAACAAAAAUCUUCCAAAGGAUUAUAUGAAAUUUCCAAACACAGAAGAAUUUAUGAAUGAAGAUGAGCAGGAAAUGGAGAAAAUUCUAAUGGCAGGGAGUAGUUUGUCAGCUGGAGUUAGUGAAGAAGAUAAAACUGAAAUAUUGAAUCCCACUCCAGUGAUGACCAAAUCUCUAACCAUAGACUGUCUGGAAUUGGCAUUACCCCCUGAACUGGCUUUUCAACUCAAUGAAUUAUUUGGCCCUGUUGGUAUUGAUUCAGGAUCUCUAACAGUUGAGGAUUGUGUGGUUCAUAUAGAUCUGAAUCUGGCUAAAGUGAUUCAUGAGAAAUGGAAAGAAUCUGUGAUGGAGCGACAAAGACAAGAAGAGGUAUCUUGUGGCAAGUUUAAGCGAGAUUCUUCCCUGGUUGGACAUAUUGGUCUUGAUAAUCCAGAACAAAAAUCAUCUCAGAGAACAGGCAAAAAAUUACUGAAGACUUUAGCAGCAUCUGAAAUGCUACCUUUAUUGGAUCAUUGGAAUACUCAAACUAAAAAAGUAUCACUAAGAGAAAUAAUGUCAGAAGAAAUUGCCUUACAGGAGAAACAUGAUCUGAAAAGGGAGACACUUAUGUUUGAAAAAGAUUGUGCCACUAAACUAAAGGAGAAGCAGCUCUUUAAGAUAUUUCCAGCCAUUAACCAAAAUUUCCUGGUGGACAUUUUCAAGGACCACAACUAUUCAUUAGAACACACAGUACAAUUUCUAAACUGUGUUCUUGAAGGGGACCCUGUAAAAACAGUUGUAGCACAAGAGUUUGUUCACCAAAAUGAGAAUGUCACUUCUCAUACUACCCAGAAGUCUAAAGAGAAAAAGGCAAAGAAAUCAAAAGAGUCUGAAGAUACACCAAGCGAACCAUCUUUUCAGGAUUUCGAGUACCCAGAAUAUGACGACUAUAGGGCAGAGGCUUUCCUGCACCAACAGAAGAGGAUAGAAUGCUACAGUAAGGCAAAAGAAGCUUAUCGGAUGGGGAAGAAAAAUGUUGCCACCUUUUACGCCCAACAGGGUAGUCUUCAUGAGCAGAAGAUGAAAGAAGCCAAUCACCUUGCUGCUGUGGAGAUCUUUGAGAAAGUCAAUGCCUCGCUGCUGCCACAGAAUGUUUUAGACCUCCAUGGGCUGCAUGUGGAUGAAGCUAUAGAACAAUUGAUGACAGUUUUACAGCAGAAAACUGAAGAAUUUAAGCAGAAUGGUGGUAAGCCCUAUCUGUCUGUGAUCACGGGGAGAGGAAACCACAGCCAGGGAGGAGUUGCUCGCAUCAAGCCAGCCGUCAUUAAAUACCUCACAAGCCAUAGCUUCAGGUUCUCUGAAAUUAAACCAGGGUGCUUGAAAGUCAUGCUAAAGUAAAAUAAACGUCCUUGACUUAGAAGUGUGAAGGUUUGUAGGUUAAAAUUAGUUUUAUUUGCAGUACUUCAGCUAGUUCUACUCUAAACAUGUGUUUUAUUGGAAAUGUUGUUAUGAGACACGAAAAAUUACGUUUUUCAAAAUUCAAGAGAAGUUUAAUUUUUUACUGAAUCAAAUGCCAAAUAAUGUUACCUGUUAAAAAUAUUAAAGAGGAUUUUUAUUGAUUACAAAAAUCUAAGAAAAAAUUAUCAGCUGCAGUUUUAAAGUUUGAAGUGCUCUGAUUGUUUCUCAGAGAGAAUGUUACCUUUGUAUUACCUUUGUUGUUUGACAUUUAGUAAAGUCCUAAAGGUUUCUAUGAGAGGUAUUUUAAGUGCUUUGAUAUCUAGUUCAUGCCCUUCAAAGGCUUGUAUUAAAAGAAGAAAAAGAAGUUGUAGUAGUAGUAAUAAAGAAAGGAGAUCUAACAAAAACACUUGAAUACUUUUUGCUUUUAAAACUAAACACAUGAAACCAUUUCAUUUUGCCAUAUCCUACAGGAAGGAAGGCACUAUAUUGUACUUUCUUCUGCUUUGUACAGAUCUUGGUCUCUUACCUUUUGUUCUGUUCUUCUGUAUGUGUACGUUUUAUGGGAGGAAAAUUGGGUCUGAGAUUACAUUGCAGUUUUAUACCUUCCAUAGGCAGAAAAAUUUUCAGAAAAGGAGAAAUGGUUAGAUAUCUAUCAAUUGUCACUGCCUUUUAAAACUGCUUCUAGAACUGUGGAUUUCUAAAUAGUUAUGUUUGAGGAUGCAAUUUCUAAACUGCAGUAGGUCAAAAUCUUAUUAAAACAAAUGUAGAAAACAUUUUGGGUAUAAUAGUGAAAGGAAUCAUUAGAAUUUAAACGAUUUUUACUUUUAUUUUGAAAGAGCCAACUUUCUGAAAGGAAACUUUCCUUGACUUCUAUUGUUUGUUUAGUUAAUAAAUCUGGUUAGUGUGUUUAUAAUCUCCUUUACACAUGUUUAAUCUGGUAAAGUAUAAUUUUCCAAUAUCAGACAGUGGCUUAAACAAAUUUGACUUCAGAUAUGGAGAAUAUUUUCAACAUACAUAAUUUUAGCAAACAAUUAUGUUGAUCUUUGUUAAGCUUAAAAAAUUAUUUGAAUAAAGAAUUAUAGGCUUGAGCUGGUACUGAAAAGAAUCCUAAAAUACAGAAUGGUUUUCCAAAAGAGCAAACAUUUUAAUGAAAAUAAAACUCAAAAACACUUGUUUUUAUAUGUCCUAAUUGCAUGCUUUUAAACGAAGAGCCUUACUGAGUUUUAUUUCCAUAAAAAUAAGAAUAAGUGUUUAUUAUUUUGAAAUGGUUAGUGAUUAGUAUUGAAGUAUUAUUCACAUUCUUCACAUAGUUUAGCACACUUUUUGUAACCUCUACAACAGUUCUAUACAUUAAAAAUAAAGCAAUUUCUUUCAAUAAUUAAUGAAAUAAAAUAUUCUUAUGUAUAAAUUAAUAUGAUUUAAGAAUAUGGAAAACAAUACCAAAACCUGCAGUUAUUGGAGUGUAUGCACCUGCAUACUCAUUUUCUGUGUUUUUAUAUUUUCUCAUUUGAUUUAAAAAAAUCACUUUUCAGCACUUUAGCUAGACUUAUUUCAAUAGUAUUAUGAUUAAUGAGGGAGCAGUCAAAUGAAUUAGAGAUGUGGUAUUCUGCGGGCAGAAAUCAAAGGAAAAGAGCUAUGUUUUAUCUAGUAUCAACUUUAAUGUUAUGCUUUAUUUUGGUAAAUCUUUAACAGUAUUUCUUAAUCAUUUAUAAGCAUACAGGCAAAGUGUGAGCAUUUUAAUGCAGUUUAAUUUCAAAUUGCCUCCUACCUACUAGCUAGCAUAGUUUAAGCAACACAUUCUUAUGAAAGAAUAUUUUAUAUAAUCCCUCCUCCUUUUGCCCAUUUCUAAAUCCUAUACAUCAAAGAUAGUUUGGAGAUUGUUAAAUUUUUCAUAUAUUGGUACAGGUUGAAUAUCCUUAAUACUCCAAAAUCUGAAACUUUUUGAGCAUGGACAUGGCACACAAAGGAUAUGCUUAUUGGAACAUUUGAGAUUUCAGAUUUUCAGAUUAGGGAUGCUAAACUGGUAAGUGUCAUGCGAAUAUUCCAAAACCUGAAAAAAUCAGAAAUGUAAAACACUUCUGAUCCCAAGCAUUUUGGAUAAGGGCUACAUAACUUGUACGUUUGUGCCAAUACAUGACUCAUUAGAAUGCUCUUUGUAAACUUAAUAUUUUAAAAGCACAGCACUUCUCUUGUUUGGAAGGUUUUAGUAAAAACAUUCCAAAAAAAGAGAGAGAGAGAGAGAGAACUAUAAUCUGGAAACCACAGAGGAUGUGUAGUUGGACCUGAGAGACUCUUAAUAGUGUUUUCAAUCUGUCCAUCUCUUUAUUCCAAUGUGAGAAAUGGAAGCAUAUUUUCUUACAUUUAUCGGCUGUUCAUAUCUCUAUAUUAUUUUCAAGUUUUGAAGUGUCUUCAAUUUGUUAGUAUUUCCAUGCUAUUUACAAUUCUGUGGCCUUUAAAUAUAAGACAUAUAGUAGAAAUUGUGACUUUAAAGUGUCUUGUGUAUUAAUAUUAUAACACAUUUUAAGAAGGAAAGACUAUACUAUUCUUCUGGAUAGUUUCUAGUCCUUUAUUUUGACCUUUUUCUUUUUGAAUUUAUAAGUGUUUUGUAUGCUUAGAAAAAGGACACGUAUAAUAGUGACAUUGGUUAUUUCUGAGCUGGAAAUUAGAAACUUUUAAAACUCAGGAAAUUGCUCUGACAAUGUUUUAAUUGCUGUCAAGUUAAGAAAAUGACAAAAUGUGUAAAAAACAAAAAUAAUGUGUACCGUUUUCUUCCAAGUGCUUUUUUAAAGUGCUUUUUCAUUGUGCAGUGAGGUGAAAUUUGAUAAUUUUUCUGUGUAGUGGCUAAAUAUUACUGUUUAUUUUUAUUUACACGUGAAGAAAACAGAUUUAAAUGUUUAUGUGGCCAAAAGAGUGUCAUUCAAAAGGUAAAAGUAAGUUUAUGUAGAAUGUAUGUUAAUGGUGCUUAUUUUUAAAAUGUAAUUCAAGUUUACAGUAUUACUUAAUGCUUCUUUACAGAAUUUAAUAGAGAAACAAGGCUAGAACACAUCUACAUCCCGAAGAGCCUUUUAUAACUUCACAUUAUAUGAUGACAAAGUGUGUUAUUUUCCUUAAAGUUGAGCAGUUGACUUUUAUGGUCUAAAUGAUGAAUCUAUUAUUAAUAAAUGAUUGAAUUAACCAUGAGACGUCUGAUUAAAAUACAAUAUUGCAGCUAUCAGUUGGAGAAAAUAUUUAAAAAUUUUCAGACAAUAUAUCAGAAACAAAAUGUUUUUAUUUGUACUAUAAAGAAACUGUAAUUUUGCUGUUAACUCUGUACUUUUUUUAUUAAAAAUGUUUUAUAACUUUGCUUUUAAAAUUUCUUAUGAAACCAUUUGCAAAUUACAUACUUAAUUUAAUAAAAUACUUUAGCCACA